GAAAAGUGCGUGUGUGUGUUACAUAGUGGAAAAAAUCUUUAAUACUAUAUGUAUAUACUAAGGGCAGUGAAAAUAAUGUCGUAAAAUAUAUACAUACAAAUGUAUAUAUACAACUGAGUGAAAAUACUUAUACUAAUUGCAAGGAGUGGAGCAAAGUAAUAAUAACGCUUUCAAGUAAAAUUUAUCUAAACGCUUUUUGCCGAAGAAAUUGCGUGCAAGAGUCUAUGCUGAAAGGGUAAAAAUAAGUCAACAACUUAAGUAAAAGCAAGCAAAGUGUAAAGGCCUACUUAACGAUUGGCAGUGGCAACGAAAAAAACCUGCUGUCUGACAAAAGCAAAGGGCGACAUUAGCAAAUCGAUGGCGAAAUAAAUGUGCCGGAAAUGUGGUUAUGCAAAUGCGAAUAAGUGCGAUUUAAUGUAGAAAUUUUUACAUAAUUGAAAGUGCUGGCGUUCAGCUAAUUUGCUGAUUUAAAUUAAAAGAGAAGAAGUGAAGAAUAAUCUUAGAAAGUGUUGAGGAUUAAUAAGGAAAAAAUAAAUACACAUAUAUAUAGCAAAUAUUCACAAAUAUCCUGCUUUUUCAACUACGCUAUUAAUCUGCUAAACCGAAAAAAAAAAAAAAAAAAAAUUGAAGCUUUCCGUGACGAAAUACUCAUUAAAUAAGCUGAUUGCAUGUAUAACUGAGAGGCGAAUGAAAAAUAUCUGCUUGCCUAUACACCUGCAUAUAUAAUCGCUAACAUACAUACACCCAGAUAUAUACAUAUAUAUAUAUAUAUAUAUCUAUUGAUUUGAAUGUCAUCAUUAAGUGCUAUCCACAUUGAUAAGCUGCCAAAAAUUAUAAUACGCUCCGUUGUGAUAAAUAAAUGCUAGAAGGCGAUAUAGUAUGAAAAGUUGACUGACAGCGCAUUCAACGGACAGACGUCUACAUACACAUACAUAGAUACGAGUACGAGUAGAAGUUAGAGGAACUCAAUAAGCUGUGAUUAAAGGAACAAAAGACAUGAGGCGUGGCCGCUGCUCAACACAAAUAAGUAGUUGCAAAGUGGAUAAUACCGUUAUUACACCUGCGUAUUUGGGUGUUGGAAACGCAUUUGAAUUGGGAUCCAAAACAGUAGCAAAUAUAUAAUUUGCAUCAAUUUUGAAGCAGUAACCGUAGCGAAGUGAAAAAAUUCAUUCAUUUGAAAUUGUGAGACUAUAAUAACAAAAUUGAUGCAAUGUAGCGUGGCGGACUUAUGGUCGGCGAACGCGAUAGAGACCGUGAUACGGUACGCUGGGAAACGGGUGAUGCAACACCGCCCCAAUUUAAUAAUGGAGGUAUGCAAAUGGUCGGACAAUUGCAUGGUGGACAGGCUGCUAGCCAACAACAACAACAGCAACAGCAAAAAUUGCAACAGUCUCAGCGUGAUCUACAGCUACAACAACAACAACAAUUACAAUUGCAGCAGCAGCAGCAGCAACAACAGCAAUUAUUGCAACAGCAACAACAACAGCAGACCAGUAACUGGAUUGAAGCCGAAACGCUUGGGCGCAACCCGGCAACUGGAUCGACCGGUGCCAUUGGCAACAUUGGUCACAUCCAAGCGCAGGGUUACGGCAUCGGUGUCGGCAUCGGAGUCGACGUCACACACGAGCCGAGCGACAACAACGAUAAUCAAGCCUACUACGAUCCAAGCGGUAAUGUCGAUUGGGGCCGAGCGAUGGGAACCGGUGGAGCUAGUUCAUUUGGUUGCGGCACUGGAGCUGUCCCAACAACUGGCAAUCUUACUUAUAACAAUGACACAGCUGCUGCUGCGACAGCCGGCAUCAAUAUCAGUCAACGCAAUCUCAACAAUAUCGCCGGCGGCGGCAGCGGCGGCGGCGGAGGUGUCGGCAGCAUUGGAAACCUGGACUAUGCUGAUGGCGGCAGCAUUACUGGCGCAUCCGCCACAACCACGCACACUGCCGGCGGUCCUAUGGGCAAUGGCGGUAUCGGCGGUGUCGGCGGCAUGGUCGGCGCUGGUAGUCAAAAUAUCGUCGGCAUUAGCGGUGCCAGCACCGGUGCUGGCAGUACCGGCGCUGUUGGCAAAGAAGUACGAUAUGCACCAUUCCCGAUACCAUCACCGACACAUUCGAAUCCGACAACUUCCCAUCUGCACGGCAGCAUGGGUGCGGGCGCAUUGCAACGCGCACAUUCCAGAUCCAUGUCCUCCAUACCACCACCCGAACCCUUUAUGAUAGCGCAAUCGAAACAAAUGAAUAGUCGCGUCUCCAUCAAUGUUGGCGGCGUUAAACAUGAGGUGCUCUGGCGUACGCUCGAACGACUGCCGCACACACGUUUAGGACGUUUACGUGAAUGUACCACACACGAAGCGAUUAUUGAGCUAUGUGAUGAUUAUUCAAUCGUCGACAACGAGUACUUCUUCGAUCGGCAUCCGAAAAGUUUUAGUUCCAUAUUAAAUUUCUAUCGCACUGGCAAAUUGCACAUCGUCGACGAGAUGUGCGUACUGGCAUUUAGUGAUGAUCUCGAGUACUGGGGAGUUGAUGAGCUGUAUCUGGAGUCCUGCUGUCAGCACAAGUACCAUCAGCGCAAAGAGAACGUACACGAGGAAAUGCGCAAAGAGGCUGAGUCGUUGCGUCAACGCGACGAGGAGGAGUUCGGCGAAGGCAAAUGCGCCGAAUAUCAAAAGUACUUGUGGGAGCUACUCGAGAAACCGAACACCAGCUUCGCUGCGCGGGUUAUCGCAGUGAUAUCCAUACUAUUUAUAGUCCUGUCUACCAUAGCCCUGACGUUGAACACCCUACCACAACUACAACACAGUGAGAAUGGUACACCAUCUGAUAAUCCGCAAUUGGCUAUGGUUGAAGCCGUUUGCAUAUCGUGGUUCACCUUAGAAUAUAUACUUAGGUUUAGCGCGUCACCGGAUAAAUGGAAAUUCUUUAAGGGUGGCCUUAAUAUAAUCGAUCUAUUGGCAAUACUCCCAUAUUUUGUUUCCCUAUUCUUAUUGGAGACGAAUAAGAAUGCAACGGACCAGUUCCAGGAUGUGCGCCGGGUGGUGCAAGUAUUUCGCAUCAUGCGCAUCCUGCGAAUCCUUAAGCUGGCCCGUCACUCAACGGGCCUGCAGUCGUUAGGCUUUACGCUACGUAAUUCAUAUAAGGAACUCGGUCUACUAAUGCUGUUCCUGGCAAUGGGCGUUCUCAUAUUUUCUUCGCUGGCAUAUUUUGCCGAAAAGGAUGAAAAGGAUACAAAAUUCGUUUCAAUACCGGAAACAUUUUGGUGGGCGGGUAUUACAAUGACAACUGUUGGCUACGGGGACAUCUAUCCCACUACUGCACUGGGAAAGGUUAUUGGUACUGUGUGUUGCAUAUGCGGUGUUCUGGUAAUCGCUUUGCCUAUUCCCAUCAUCGUUAACAAUUUUGCUGAAUUUUAUAAGAAUCAGAUGCGACGCGAGAAGGCGCUCAAGCGGCGCGAAGCGCUAGAUCGGGCCAAACGUGAGGGCAGUAUUGUGUCAUUUCAUCAUAUCAAUUUGAAAGAUGCCUUCGCCAAAUCGAUGGAUCUCAUUGAUGUCAUUGUGGAUACAGAAAAGCGCGAAAGUCGCAAUAGAUCAAUAAACAAUUGGCAUCGUUUAACCCACGCGCUACGACGGUCCUCCACAGGGCACAAUCUCUCGCAGACCGAUGGGAACAGCACCGAAGAUGGCGAGUCGACCAGCGGCGGCGGUCGCAAUCCGGCCACCACCGGCGCCGGCUGUUACCGCAACUAUGAUCAUAUGGCCAAUUUGAGGAAUUCGAAUAUGACGCAUCACUUUCGUCCAUCUGUACCUGAUCAGGAAUCAGUUCCUCCAUAUAGUUAUGUCGAUACGCCGAAUGCCCACCUAACAUCCAUGACGGCCAUGGAGAGCUACAAGCGCGAACAGCAGCAACGUCAAUUGCAACAGCAGUUGUUGCGCGAACAACGCGAGAAGCUGGAGCUGGCCGCGCGUCAGGAAGCGGAUGCCGCGCUGCUGACAACAGCGGCCGCCACGCUAUUAAACGUCGCCAAACCAUUGAGCACCACGACGCCAGCCAGCGCCAAUGUCGUCGGCGGUGCAGCCACUGCGAAUGUUGUGUCCGGCAGCGGCGGCAAUGCGGCUGGUUCGGGGUCCACCACAGCGGCCGGCGUAGCGCCAGCAGCAUCAGCGUCAGCUACGGCGGCGGAUCAGGAUACGGCCGCCAAUUCGUCACAAGCUGGUGAUAGUGUGUCGCUAGUGCCAUCCGGUCCACGGCCAUUGCAAAUGAUGAUCGCACCUGGGGAAGUGGCCGAGCUGCGACGUCAGGUGGCACUCGAGAAUUUACAAAACCAAAGAAUGGAUAAUCUGGAGCAGGAUGUACCUGUGGAAUUUGAAUGCUGUUUUUGCACAACGAAGGACUUCAAGGAGUUCACCGAUGCCGAGGGUGUAAUUUCGCUUCCAACGUCGGACUUCCACAAACCCGUUUGCCUGGAGAUGCGUAUGGCCGCCAAUCAGGCGAACCGACAAUUGCGCGCCAAUCAAUAUGGUUUGCUGGCCCCACCUACGCACAUGGCCGGUCAAUUGAUGCCCACGUCACAGCCACAGCUGGUCGGCGGRUUAGCUGCCACGACUGGCGACGCGCAUGCCGAAGUCAUUUUCUCGAUUGGCGGUGGUGGUGGUGGCGGCGUUCUGCGUACACCACGCCAUCUGCCCCACCACACUGCCACUGGCCUUGCGCCAAUUGCAUCGCAAUCAUCGUCCACCUCGUCAUCAUAUGGCACCACUACGUCCACAACAAUUGCGCUGCCACUGGACACACCAUUCCGUUACCCACCUUUCAUCACCAGCUGUAGCAACAAUAAUUUCAAUUACAACUAUAAUAAUAAUUUCAAUACAACAUCGGUGGGUGCGUGUCCGGGUCUAUCAAUGGCCACCGGUAAUGUUGCGCUGACAUUGGGUAGCAAUUUGAAUAACAACUUCAAUGUCAAUAUAAACAAUAAUAACAAUGCCGAUUUGGCGAGCGUCGAUAGUUCGGACACGUAUGCCAGCUGCCAAACACAUCCAUUUCAUUCACAAGGUGAUCUCACUGCCGAUUUGGCCGACGAGGCGUGCGCGCUGGACAUUGACAUGGAUAAUUUGUACAUAAAUCCAUUGGAAAAGGAGACGACAACCUCGACCGGCACAACCGGCUACAUCGUUGGACUGCCACCGACCGGUGCUACCGGCUUGACAGCGUUGGGACUGGCGCGUUCGCAGGUGAAGAAGAGCGCUUCUGGCGAUACGGCACUGCGUAAUUUGGCCGCUGGCGGUCUGAGUCCCAUGGAUGAGAUAUAUCAAAAUUUCGAAGUGCAAGAGCGCGGUAGUCGCGUCAGUCUCAAUGAGAAUCCAGUGCCAAAACAUCGUAAGACGCGUUUCCAAAGCUUCACAUCGAUGCCAAGCGGAGCCGGUGCAACGAAUAAGCCGCGUGCACGUUUCGAAGAGGUCAAAAUCAUACAGGACGGUGUGAGCGGUAGCCACGAAAGUAGUCCGGCCAGCAGCGGGAGUAAAAAGAAACGUUCCUCUUUUAUGCCCGGUAAAAGUUUAGCCACUGCCACCAAGCUGAUCAAUCAGCAUCUGUUCGGUAUACAGAAUGUUGGACAAAAAGCGAAAUUCGAAAGUAAACAUUCCUCCUCGAUAGACUCUAUCGAUGCCUCACCAAAUCUCGAACAACAUCGCCGCUCCAAAUCGAUACUCAAAAACAAGUCGGAUAUCUCGCGCGUACUUGCCGACCCGGAGAGUGAGCGUCUACUCGCCGACAAUAUGUCGGGUUCGGGUGUUUCCGACAACGGCACUGUCAUGGGCGAAUCUGGCAGCGAUUACUCACCGAAUAAAUUACCUCACUCAAUUUUAGCCAAGUCUAUUUCCCCACCACCAUUACGGCAUCGCAUGCUAAUACAGCAACGCUCCGGACCGGCGAAUCUACAGUCGCGUCCAACCAAAUUCCAAACACCACGUUAUCCCGAGGAGCAGGCGCUACGUCAAGUCAAACCGAUGCUGGCGCGUGCUUCGGCCACAUCGCAUAUGUCCGGCGACAGUCGUUACGAUUCGACUAAUAGAGAUAGCAGUUUAGACUCGGAGACCACUUUCACAUCCAAUGUGAAUAUACGCAGCGAUCCCGGUGAUGGUGGUGCGACAGUAAGCAACGGCGAAGCAGGGGGUUCAAGCGACGAAAAUCGUUCGCUACUACAACGUGGCAACUCUGAUGAGCAAAAUGAGCGAGAUGACGGUGCUGGCGGUGAUGCUGGCGCCACGUAGCAAUUACUGAAAAAGCCAAAGAGCGAAUAAUAACGCCUACUUUCCGCUCCCUCCGACAGUGACAGUGAUAGUGAAUAAAACGCUUAGCAGCCAGCGAUUAAGCAUGCAAAAUAAAAUACAAAACAAAAACAGCCAAGAAAAACUUAUAUUACAUUUUAUAUUAUAAUUAAA